AGCGCUGUCUUCCUUGCGAAAAAUGAAGUGCGGAAAAAGAACGGUCAACAGUGAAAUCAGUGAGGUCAGCAAUAGGGCAAAGGUCGAAUUAAAUGAUAAAGGGGCUUUCACGGUCGUUUCAUUAUAGAAUUCACAAUGCUCGAUGAACUCCUUUGACAUACUUUGUUUAGCCGGGCUGUGAGCAGUGCAUUUCUUGCCUUCAGUGGACAACGUGCGUAGCGUGCUCGGUUUCAGUGACGUUUCAAAUCUGCGACUCGAGUUCCUGUGAGAUUCGAGUUUCCUUUCGAUGCUUGGAAUUUCUGUCUAGUCUACCAGCAAUAAAUUGCGCCGAUAAAAGCUGGUUAUCAAAGAAGAAUGCGUUUCUCAUUAUAAUUUCAGAAGGAGAAGAGGCACGGAGCUACGUAAAACCACGAAGAGUCCAGGAUAGUAGACACGAGGAAGGUCGUCCGAGAGGAACGAGCGAAAGAUGGUCUGCCCGGAAAGGCCGGUCACGGCGCUCGCCAUCUCCCUCGUCUACCUUCUGGCACUCUUCGAUUCCUACUGUCAAAUGGCACCAGCGGUGGCCAGCGCCGCCAGAGCCUGGGACGUGGGAAGCGGCCUCAAGUACAAACUCAUGACGACCUUGCUCUUCAGCGAGGCUGCCCCCUCGAAAUCCAGCGGGGACGUUGGCUUGAGGCUCACCGGCGAGCUGGACGUAACCGCCGUUUGGCAGGAACCCACCGAUCACGAUACCUUUCUGCUGAGGAUAGAGCUUCACUCGCCACAACUAUGGAUUAAGUCUCGCAGAGCCCCAGAACCGGAAGGCUUCAUCGAACAUUCUUCCAAAGUGGACGCUGCCGGCAAGAAGCCAUUAUUCCUGCUAUGGCGACAUGGCGAAAUCAAAGAGAUCUACAUGCACCCAUCGGAGACUGUUUCUUCAGCGAAUUUGAAGCGUGGCCUGGCCAGUUUAUUCCAAUACAAAGUGUUCGAUGGCGACGUUCAAGAACGAGACGCUUCCGGUCUGUGCAACGUGACCUAUCACUCUCUAGGCCCGAAGACAGUAGCGAAAGAAAAAACUUUCUGCGAGCAAAGUACUCUGCCGUUAAAGAGUCGCCAUCCGAAUCCACUUUUCGACGUGAAGGUCGUUAGCAAUCGUCAUUCCACUUACGAUCUUACGCAAUACCUCCUGCCAAACAAGGUCCACGUCGAGGAAAGACAUAAAAUGGUGCUGACCGCCAGACCGGAAGCCGGGACUACUGUUAUAUCGGAUGGGAUCCUUGAACUGGUCCCUGGGACCUUGACUGCGAAAAGUGUUCAAGCUGACACCGCGAUGGAAGCCAUCUCUUGGUUGCAGUCUGGAUUUAAAAAGACCAGUAUCGAGCUCCAAUUGGAACCAGCCACGUGUCCCACCGGCGGAUGUCAAACGCUUGAACAAUUGCUCGAAGGAAACCGUAGCGCCCUGGAGGCUGCCUCGCUGGGUACCGGGAAGUCCGCUUCAGCCUUCCUGAAGCUGUUACCUCUAGUCAAAUCUGCAUCCGCGGAAGAACUGUUGAAAAUCUUGAAAAGUCCGCGUUACCUUCAGCUGAAACCGCAACUGCUGGAUAUUAUUGGCUCCUCGUCUACAAUGGCAGGUUACCAAGCAGCCAUGAAGGCCUUGAGACAGGACGACGUGGGCGACGACACUGAAAGAUACCUGUGGGGCCUGUCACUCUCGCCAACGCCCAACGCAGACGUCAUGAAGGACAUUCUGAAGCGAUCCGAAGAAACUAUUCAAAACGAAAAAGUCUCUGAAACCUUAGCUCUAACUGCAGCAGCAAUGGCUCGCCAUUUGGGAUCUCCAGCCGCAGUCGAGAAAGCUAGAACCAGCUUAGAAUUGGGUCUAGAUAGCUGCACAGGCGAAGAAUGCAAACUAAAGUUCCUAAGAGCUCUCAGAAAUCUGAGGAGCACAGCUUCCAUUCCAACUUUAUUAAAAUUCGCCAUCAGCAAGGAUAAAGCCAUCAGUAUAGCAGCUUGGAAGGCUCUGGCAGUUAUGCCCAAAGAUUCUAUAACAGAUGAAGUGAAGGUGGUUGCUAAAAGGGUCUUCUACCAGAUUGGUGGACCUAAAAGAGACAGCAGCGUUAGGACCGCAGCAUUGGACAUAGUUCUUGAGAACAAUCCUUCGAAAGAGGACAUUAGGGGACUGGUAAUGUACCUAGCUAGCUCUGAUUCAGCGUACGAGAUCCGUAAAUACUUGAGCCAGCGUUUAGAGCAGCUUUCUGCAUUAAAUCCUAAAUUGGCAAAAGAUUACAGUGACAUACUAAGUGAAAGUGGAACGAAAGUGGUAAACUACGAUGUUUUUGCUCAUCGUGGACUGAGUACAGCUUUCACAAGAAGCUUUUUAAAUUCACCAGACAGCAAUGGGUCCUUAGUAACUGUUCAAGAAAUCAACUCAGGGAUAUUAAAACGAGGAAUCGUGGACGUAGUCUUAGAAUCAGAGAAUCACAAAGAGGCUCUAUUCUCUUUGGGACUGUUUGCCGGUGGUUUAGGAGGAAUUGUGUCCUCCAACGACGAACAAGAAUUGCAAGAGGAUGAACAUGCUACUGCUGGAAUGGAGAUAGACUUUCUAGGAGUUGGUAUCAGGCCGUUUAUCUUUUUCUCUGGUAAAGGAGAGCUAAUGGGUCACUUCUGGUCCGGCACAGCUUCCGAAAGGACUCCAGCAUUCCAGGUGUUGUCUUCCGUUCACAGCUACAACGAGUACAUUCCAUUGACAUCUGGCAUGGUAGCAGAGAUGGAUGUUCAAGGAGCAGUGAGCUUUGACCUGGCAGGACAAAUCCAAGUCAGCUUAUGGUCCAGGACAUCUCAGUCGUUAGUGGAUCUGACAGCUGGCAUUGUGAUCCAAGGUGGCAGCAAAGUACGCUCAGACUUUGUCCAGAGCACUGCUGAAUUCUCCAUGACGAUGGAGCCCAAACUGGAGUUGGCUACUGACGUAGACUUUUCUGGACCAGGUUCUUUAUGCAUGAGGCUCAGUCAGCCAGACAACGUGGUCAAGCAUCAAAUUUACAAAAUCGAACGAAUAGCUGGUAGCAGGCAUAAACUGAGGAAAACCAGGAGGUUGAAACUGCACAACCCGGGCAGGUCUUAUUUCUUGAACAACAAGAACAACGAGAUGUGCUCGAAGAUCAUAGGUGAUGCUGCAUGAUCGUUGUUUAUAGGGGACUUGAUAGGAUAUUACGAAGACAAUUUUAUCUGAAUUAUUUUGAUAGAGAUAUGAUUAUAUUUUACGGGAUACGUUGUUUCUCCGCCAUCCGUCAGUAAUGUGCGACGUGUUGAAAAGUGGUGUCACGUGCGAACGGACGUGUGUUCUUUGCAUAGGAGUUUAAUGUAUUUUUAAACUGUGCGCGCGCGGUUCACUGUGCUGUGAGAGACAGUGUUUCAUUGAUAAAAAUCACUCGAAGUCAUUCCGAUACCAGCGAUGGAUCGUUUUCAUUCGACUACAUUUCCAACGAUUUUUAUGUAUAUUUUUUAUAAUGACAUUUUCUACUCGACAUGCUUUGAGAAAUGUGUAACCUUAUGGUAAAAAUACUUUGUAUUUGAGAUCUUGAAAGUUUUACCGUAUCUUUAAGCGUCGAAGUGUUUAUGGAGGUUUGUUACAAUGUUUCGAGUAUCAGAAUGAUGGUUUUUUAAAUAGAAGUUUAAAUAAGAGUCCAGAUAACGUUUCAGAGAUUCAUUGACUAGGGACCAAUUUCUACAUGAUGUUGAAAAUGUACAGAUAUAUUUCGUUCACGUAUUAUAUGCAUACUCAGAAUUAAACAAGAGAGUUUCGAUUUGAUAAUUUUGUAAUAAAACGAUGGUUGUUUUUAAAACGAUGCGAACUGGAUGGUAAAUAUACUAUGCAAAUUAUGGGACUUCUUUUAUCACA